AUGUCUGGCCGAGGGGACGCCGCGCGGCUCCACCGCCUGGCCCAGAGCAGCGGGGGCCGCCGAGACCUCCAGGCUAAGCUCUCGCUGCGCUACACGGAGAUAUCCAAGAGAAGCCAACCGCCUCCUCGGCUCCCGGUGGGCCCCAGUCACAAGUUCGCCGAUAAUUAUUACUGCAGCCGGGAUGGACGCCGAGAGUCUUUCCCGCCGAUCGUGGUUGUGACGGCGCACAAAACCCUCCCUGCGGGGGCUCAAGCUGGCGGUUCAGGCUCUGAAGUGACAACAGCUGAGAAGAAACCGGUGACACCAGGACCAGUGCUUAAGAAGUGGGAAAUUUCAAAAGACCAGCCUUAUUUGUGAGAAAUAAAUAGGAGGAGGCUAGAUGUGCAGGUCACAAUUUGUUCCAAAGCAGCACUGUAAUGAGGAGCCCUGCAGUGGAUUUUGCUGCAGUGAUACUGCACAGAACUUGUCCUAGCGCUGCUGAUGCAUGAGUAAUAAAUGUAUUAAAGCUGCAAUUACUUCCUCCA